CGCGCGCAGGGGGAGGGGAGGCGGGCAAGAUGGCGCCCGGCGAGUGAUUCUCCCAGGAAACCUCCAGCGCCCGCGGAGACGCCGGGGCGGGGGGGGGUCCUGCCCUCCGCUGCCGCCCUUCCUCCUCUCCCCCUCCCCCGGAGACCCCCUCCCUUCCUGCACUCCUUCUGCGGGAGUGGGAGAGGGAGGGGAGGCGGGCCUGGUUCCUGGGACACCAUGUCGGACUCCGAGGAGGAGAGCCAGGACCGGCAACUGAAAAUCGUCGUGCUGGGGGACGGCACCUCCGGGAAGACCUCCUUAGCUACGUGUUUUGCUCAAGAAACUUUUGGGAAACAGUACAAACAAACUAUAGGACUGGAUUUCUUUUUGAGAAGGAUAACAUUGCCAGGAAACUUGAAUGUUACUCUUCAAGUUUGGGACAUAGGAGGACAGACAAUUGGAGGCAAAAUGCUGGAUAAAUAUAUCUAUGGAGCACAGGGAAUCCUUUUGGUAUAUGAUAUUACAAAUCAUCAAAGCUUUGAGAACUUAGAAGAUUGGUAUUCUGUGGUGAAGAAAGUGAGUGAGGAGUCGGAAACUCAGCCACUGGUUGCCUUGGUGGGCAAUAAAAUUGAUUUGGAGCAUAUGCGAACAGUAAAACCUGAAAAACACUUAAGGUUUUGCCAGGAAAAUGGUUUUAGUAGCCACUUUGUCUCAGCAAAGACAGGAGACUCUGUCUUCCUGUGUUUUCAGAAAGUUGCUGCUGAAAUCCUUGGAAUCAAGUUAAACAAAGCAGAAAUAGAACAGUCGCAGAGGGUGGUGAAGGCAGAUAUUGUAAACUACAACCAGGAACCUAUGUCAAGAACUGUUAACCCUCCUAGAAGCUCUAUGUGUGCAGUUCAGUGAGCGCGUUUCUCUUUUGUGUUGAUUGUUCCGGCUGCCCUUCGCCUCUGUGUGGGCCUGAGGACCUCUAGGAGCUUGUUUUAUCAGUGACCAUCUCUGUAGUUCAGUUAACACUUUCCUCUCAACUCACUUCAUCAUUACGUGUUGCCUUAGCCACAGGCAGCUCCUUGGACUGGAAAGAAUUCAACUUCGGGACCACACACUUUGACUUCAACAAGGAAAGCCCAUUCUCUGGAAUUAGACUGCUUCAUUGAAAAAGAAUAAUGUUGCUUCUCUUUGUGUCCUCACUUCUUUUUUCCCUAAUCUCAGUUUUUUUUAAACAAAUAUAAAACCUAUCCAAAUCUUGAUCAUCAGCCAGGAUUUUGCCACAGCACAGUUUCAUUCUCUCAUCAGAGCUCAUACCUGGUAAAGUAUGCCUCGGAGCGCAAACAUUUAAACAAGUAAUAUAUUUUAUCUACAGAUACUUAAGAAGGCAUUCUUUUGCUGUCUCUUGUAAGUGAAAAUAUAUAAAGCUGUAUCUAACUGAAAUGCUUGAAAUAAAGCUAUAAUAGAAAUAUUUUUUUCAUUUUUUAAAAAAGGGCCUAAAUUGUUUAUAUUGUAGCCGUAGCUCACAAAGUAGUGAGUAUUUGAUAUUGUAUUUUUAUUACUGUAUCACGGUCAUUAUGUAUUGUUUAAUACUCAGGUUAGGGGGCCUUGUGAAUUCAGAUGAAUGUCCAGCUGAUGCUCCAGGUAGACUUUCUCCUGCAGACCUCGUAAGAGUACUGCCAGAGGGAGUUAUGGCUGUUGUUGAAUCACUGUGGGGCGGAGUGUACCUGAUGUUCAGAUGUUCUUCUCCUACAAAUAAAUUUAUUUAAAUUA